AUGUGCCCCCUGUAUGAAAGAUGGCCACCCCCCACCUUCGUCCUCAGCGUCGUGGGAAGAAUGAAUGGGUAUAAUCAAGAACCUUUCAGGUUUGGUCGUCCAGGCGUGGAGUGUUACUGUCAGCAUGAGAGUGGAGCGGCCGUCAUCCAGCUCCAGUUUCUCAUCAAUGAGGGAGCGCUGGUGAGUGCUCUGGCUGACGACAGUGUUCACCUGUGGAACCUGAGGCAGAAGAGACCAGCCAUCCUCCACUCCCUCAAGUUCAGCAAAGAGAGAAUAACUUUCUGCCACCUGCCCUUCCAGAGUAAAUGGUUGUACAUCGGCACAGAACGAGGGAACAUCCACCUCGUCAACGUGGAGUCCUUUAUGCUCUCAGGCUACGUCAUCAUGUGGAACAAAGCCAUUGAACUGUCCUCCAAGGCUCACCCUGGACCAGUUGUGCACAUAAGUGACAACCCCAUGGAUGAGGGGAAGCUUAUAAUUGGAUAUGAGGCUGGGAUCGUGGUCCUAUGGGAUCUGAAAUCAAAGAAGGCCGACUGUCGCUACAUUUACGAUGAGGCGAUCCACUCAGUUGCCUGGCAUCACGAGGGAAAGCAGUUCAUUUGCAGUCACUCAGAUGGAACUCUGACCAUAUGGAACAUCAGAGGCCAGGGCAAGCCCAUACAGACAAUCACCCCACACGGAAAACAGCCCAAGGACGGGAAGAAGCCAGAACCUUGUAAACCCAUUCUCAAAGUGGAGUACAAAACCACGAGACUUGGGGAGCCCUUCAUGAUCCUGUCCGGCGGUCUGUCCUACGACACGGUAGGACGGCGUCCAUGUCUGACUGUAAUGCACGGGAAGAGUACCGCUGUGCUGGAGAUGGACUAUCCAAUAGUGGACUUCCUCACACUGUGUGAGACACCAUACGCUAACGAUUUUCAGGAACCUUACGCUGUGGUGGUCCUUCUGGAAAAGGAUUUAGUGGUGAUCGACCUUGCACAAAAUGGUUAUCCCAUAUUCGAGAACCCCUAUCCUCUGACUAUCCACGAGUCUCCUGUGACCUGCUGCGAGUACUUUGCCGACUGCCCUGGGGACCUCAUACCUGCACUUUACUCCGUCGGCUCUCGGCAGAAACGACAGGGCUACAGCAAAAAGGAAUGGCCUAUUAGUGGUGGAAACUGGGGUCAAGGCACACAGAGCUACCCAGAGAUCAUCAUCACUGGGCAUGCUGAUGGAACUCUGAAGUUCUGGGAUGCCUCUGCAAUAAUGCUCCAGGUGCUUUAUAAGCUCAAAACAGCCAAGGUGUUUGACAGAAACCGGUCCAAGGAGGACAAGGGCAGCACCGAGGUGUCGGAUGAAGACCCCUUUGCCAUUCAGAUCAUGGCCUGGUGCCCUGAAAGCCGAAUGUUGUGUGUGGCCGAGGUGUCGGCCAACGUUAUCAUCUACCGCUUCAGCAAACUGGAAGUAACUACCGAGGUGGUGCAGCUACUAGAGGUGCGAAUGCAGAACGAGCUGAGCGACAUCGAGUCUCCAGACGGCGGGGGUGGCGGAGGAGAACAGACAUCGGCGCUUCCCACCCCCGGUGUGUCCCCUCAGACGAGCGGCCCACCUUCACACCCCUCCACCAGCAGCAACAACUCUGAUGGAGGCAACAUGCCCUGCCUCAAAGUGCGCAGUACCCCUUUGAAGCAGUCUGCAGGUUACCAGGUAGAUUUGGUGGUCCAGUUAGUGUGGGUGAGCGGAGAGCCUCCGCAGCAGAUCACCAGUCUGGCGAUCAAUUCCUCCUACGGCCUUGUGGUGUUUGGCAACAGUAACGGUCUGGCAGUGGUGGACUACGUCCAGAAGACGGUGGUGCUCAACCUGGGGACGGUGGAGCUCUACGGCUCCAAUGACCCCUACCAGAGACAGCCCCGCUCGCCAAGGAAGACACGACAGCCCUCUGGAGGUCUGUGCGACAUUAACGAAGGCUCAGCCACAUCAGAGGACCGCUGCAAAUCCCCUACUUCAGACCACCGGGACAAUUCUUUCAGCCGCUCACGCUCCUCCAGCGUCACCAGUAUCGACAAGGAAGCGCGAGAGGCCAUCAGCUCCUUCCACUUCAUUGAGACCUUUGCCCGGAAGGGGGAUAGCACUUUGACACCCUGCCUGUACGUGGCCACCACUCUGGGCACGGUGCUCGCUCUAGCGCUCACACUGCCCCCUGCUGGGGAGCAACGGCAACUGCAGCCAGUUAUCAUUUCACCGACAGGCAUGCUGGUGCGUCUGAAGGGCAGCAUCAUGCGGAUGGCUUACCUGGAUUCUACAGGUGCCAUGCUGUCCCCUCCCUUUGAGCCUUGGUUUGAGCCCAACGUUACAGCAGAUGGUGAAGAAAGAGAGAAGGUCCGUAAGCGCCGGCCCGUCUCGGUGUCCCCUUCCACCUCCCAGGACCUCAACGAGAGCCAGUACGCUGUGGUGUGUUCGGAGAAACAGGCCAAAGUCAUUUCCCUCCCCUCCCAGACCUGCAUCUAUAAACACAGUAUCACAGAGACCUCCUUCAUCCUACGGGCAGAUGUGGUGCAGAUGAGCCAAGGCGUGUGUCUGGCGUGUUUCUGCGCCAAUGGCCACAUCAUGACCCUCAGUGUGCCGGGACUGAGACCGCUCAUGGAUGUAAACUACCUGCCUUUGACGGACAUGCGGAUAGCAAGGACGUUCUGCUUCACCAACCUGGGUCAGGCCAUGUACCUCUGCUCCCCCACGGAGGCCCAGAGGCUCACUUACAGCCAGGACACCUGUGAAAACCUGCAGGAGAUGCUGGGGGAGCUUUUUACACCAGUGGAGACACCAGAGGCUCCCAACAGAGGGUUCUUCAAAGGCCUCUUUGGGGGAGGAGCACAGUCACUGGACAGAGAGGAGCUAUUUGGUGAGCUUUCAUCUGGAAAGGCAUCCCGAAGUUUGGCCCAGCACAUCCCAGGCCCAGGUGGCAUUGAGGGCAUGAAGGGAGCAGCUUCUGGUGUCGUUGGAGAUCUGGCACGUGCCCGAAUAGCACUGGAUGAAAGAGGCCAGAAACUGGGCGAGCUCGAUGAGAAGACGGCUGCCAUGAUGGCCAGCGCAGACUACUUUUCCAAACACGCUCAUGAGAUGAUGCUGAAGUGCAAAGACAAAAAAUGGUACCAGUUCUGAUCAGUGACGGGGGAGGAGCCGAGCUCCAUGGACACAACUGUCACCUUCCAUUGGCUCAUUUGGACUCACCGUGACCCCCGCCCAUCCGUCCGUCCAUGCAUCCAUCCCUCCAAGCCUUCUUCACUGGGACACUUGGGAUUUUCUUCCCUAGCACAAUGUUGAAUACUGUUCUUACCUCAGUCUUAUGGUGGAACUGAGGGGUAGACUGGGGAGAAGGACAACCUCAGAGGGAGCAAAUAAAUGGUGUCUUAUUAUGUUUUUGUCUCUUUGUUUAUCACUGUUCAACCUUCCUCCGAGGUAGCCAAUUGGCCCACGCACCUUGAGAUUCUUCAUUCUCACAUGCCAAAAUAUCCUUUAUUGUUGUCUCCACUCCGAGCCCAUCGGGGCCAGUAUUCAAACCGAAGAACAUAGCUGAAAAAAAGACAAAUGUUAUGAAGAAACAGACUACAAAGAAUUCUCAAAAUAUAAAAAGAAGGAAAAAGAAUAUAAAUACAUCAUUAUAUAUACAUAAAUCUAUUAUAUGUGCAAUGCUGUAUCCACUUCAGAGUGACAAGUACGAAAGAAAGGAAUAACCCAUCGAGGAGACAGGAGGUCGAAGAAAGUGGUGUUGGAGAGCCACAGGAAGUGCUGUGACAGUGACGCCUCCUCUAUGCAGAGAGUCAGGGGGAUUAAAGCAACCUAUUUUGAUGUACACUGGAUAUUUCAUCAUCUCGCUCAACCUCUACUCUCCUCUGUAUCUUACAGACUUUCAUAUCGUUACCAACAGUGCGUGUGUGUGUGUCUGUGUGUGCGUAUGUGUAUGUUCAAUUCUAUUAUCUUGCCAUUCCUCUAUUUGUUAUUCAUUGGGUUUUUUUGCUCAGUCAGUCUGUAUUAUUGGAAAAUCUCUUAUUUUUCUAUUGUUGUGAAAGUGGAUGAUAUUUGAUUUGUUGAAAAAAUACAUUUUGUGGCUUUUAUCUAACAACUUAAAUAAUUUCUCCUUAUGAAAAGGGCUGGAAUCUAAAAAGGAGGGCAAGGAUAUAAAAGGCAUAUAUCAUUUAGUACUCACUGACAUGGCAACAUCAGCUUUCUUGACUGAAAUCUUAAAGCAAGCACGUAUAAACCACACACAUGUAUUGUUUACCUGAGAAUUUCAUCUAUUGACCUGAUGUGACCUGCCUCCCUCACCCUCUAAUGUCAUACAGUUGGGUUGAGUCUGUGAGUGUGACUGUACACAUGCUGAUGCGAUCAUUGUUAAAUACACUGAUAGUAAAACCAGCUUUGGUGGAGUUUCCAAAUUCUGGAUGAAUAUGGCAAUUUCAUAUACAUGAGUAUGCCCUAUUCGUCCCCUAUUUAUGUGUAUGCAUACAUGCAAGAGAAUAGAAAUACAGACGUGUAAUCCUUUAAUGGCAUCAAUUUAAAACAUACUUCAGGUUUUGCUGACAGGUGUCUGUAUGAGAAAGUUGUCUGUGUUACUUCUUUGUUAAUAUUUAUUUAUUGAGGAGCAAGAAACAGUUGUGUUUGGUGUCAGAAAUGUUCAACUUCAUGAUUAUCUUGUUUAUAUCCCCUUAUUUGCCGUAAAGUGCAAAUGUGGUGUAUCUCUCUGUCUACCAGGCUUUUAACCUUUAUUUGUACAUAAGUAAAUAGUUUGACAAUCUAAGACCAACUGGAAAGUACAUUUUGAGAUUGCUUCAGCAACAGAAGAGGAGAGAGGCCAUAUUUUUUCUGACGCCAAAGAGUUGCUUUAGCUUUUCCAUUGCAUCAUCAUCUGGCUUGUCAUUCCACCAGACAGUAUACAGAAAAGAGUGGAAUUCAGUAUUACAGACCUAUAACGGGUCUAUUUAGGAAUGUUAUCACAUUCAGUGUUCAAGAAAUGGAGCAAGUUGCAAUGGAGUUCAGCCAUUUAUAAUACUAUUGUUUCACAAUAUGUCAUCAAAUGUACCAUCUGGACUAAUGUUUAAUGUUUGCAGAGGCCUAACUGUUGGUUGAUAAGGCUAAUUCCAUAAGACAAAAACCUGAACUAUUCCACUAAAGCUCAGACACAAUAUUUAUGGCAUUCAUCUGUGUGAUUGGGAAUGUGUGUUUGUAUGUGUGUCAGGGUGUGCUCAUGGAAAUGAAGAUUUUGGUUCUUUAAUUAUUAAUGUUGAUGUCCUGGUCUCACCAGCCUAGUCUGUGUCCAGUUGAGUGUCUGUUACACUAACACCAGUGGCGAUAACAAGAUACCAAUAGGAUACUGAGUAUCAGAGGAUGACCUCUAAAUGUAAUGGUUUAAUUUAACUGCCGCAUGUUUGGUCUUUGCACACAUGCUUGGACUCUCAUUCACUUCAGUCUUUGCCUUUCUCUCUUCCUUCAGUGAGUCCUCCACUGACUCGCUCGGUUCCACAGCGACAGAUAUGGCCUUCUCCGUGUUUAGUAAGCAUUGUAGUGUGGAUGUUGGUAGGUAGCUCUGUCUUUAACCCCCAAGGUUAAGAAGAGGGGGGAAAAAACUUCAGGAAAAAUAAUUAGUUUUAGCUAGAGGUCAUCUCCAAAAAAUCUGUUAAAUGUCUUUCCCUCCGACCCAACUGUUUAUUGUGUUUUUCAUUUUUUUUUUCAUUUUUCGUUUUUUUCGUCAAUGUUAUAUAUAUUGUUUUUCUUUUGCAUCUUUGAGUUAUUUGUUUCUUCUCCAUACAAUACAGUAUGCAGUAUUCUAACCCAAUACAAUCUAAACACUGAAGCAAACAAGAGGGAGUCCCGUCUAUCUGCCAUAUGCCAUCUUCUGUCCUGGAGUCAACAGUUAUCAGUGGGUUGCAGUAUUUUUCUCAUUGUAGCCAAUAUUCUUGUACAGUUUUAUGCAACUUUCACAUGGAUGUUUAUGACUUUAUCUGCUGCCACAAAAAUUAGAAUUUCUGUAGAUAGAGAUUACUGUGCAAUGGAAAAUAAAAGUGGAAAAUGUA